AUGAAUCCGAUCACAUCGGAGGAGCUGCGGACGGGAGAGAGCGAUCUACGGGAGAUGGUGGCGCGGGUCUUGUCGGGACAACUUGAGAAAGAAAAGACGGCUUGGCGUAUGGAGGUCGCUGGGGAGUACAGUGCUACCGACACCGCCCCGCUCCCCGCAAGCCGAUCGGAGCGACAAAAAUUACGCGAAGCAGCCUUCCGGUCCGCCAUACCCAAUGGAUCGUUGUUUAACGCAUAUGAUACCACUGGCGGUGCCGCUCGGCUCAGUGUGGGCCGAAUUCUCGGUUCAGGAGCAAAUGGUAUCGUAUGCCGUGUACAGGACACCAGCGUAUCAAGUAGAGCCGUAGACUACGCAGGGAAGUUCUUCGUUAGGCACCUAGCCCCUGGGUCAUCACAGAGUAUCCAAGAUGCCUUGUCUGAGCUUACACAAUCCGUGGAGAAGGAAACGGCUGCAAACGCGUUGCUUUUGGAGCGAGCAGCUCUAGGCGACCUACUGGAGCAUGGAAUCGCCGUUAGUCACGGACUGUGCACGCUCAUCUCGACGCAUCCGCAAGACACCAAGCUCCCAUCUCCGUGGCUUAGCUCCCCAGACGAGGUUUCGUCGAAAGGUCGGCUAGUAAUUGGAGAGAAGGUACUACUGAUGCCACUCCUCGGUCCGGCUUUGACGAAAUUCUGGUCGAAGGCCAUGUCUGACGAAGCACUGAAGUACCUGGUCUACACGCUGGUCAAAACUGUAAGCUACCUCCAUGGUCUUGGUUUGGCCCACAGAGACGUGAAGCUGUCGAAUUUCGUCGUGGAUAGUCGUGGAAAGCUGUUUCUUAUCGACUACGGGUUUGUGACAAAGAUGGGAGACACUGCAUUUUGCGGUAAGGGCGCCCCUCCCUCGUACAUGGACCCCCACAGGGCGCAAUGUAUUCUGAAUGGAGAGGACGAGAUAGUCGUUUCAGAGCAUUGGGACAGUUGGUCUCUGGGAGUCACGAUCGUCAAGCUACUAUGCGAUGGCGAAAAACCGUUCCGCUUCGAAUUUCCCGACAGGAAACUACAAGACUUAGUGAAAAACAAAACGUACCUACGCGAAUUCCUCCAAAAAUUUCUUAAAGCUCUUGAAAGGGACAAAUUUGUGGGAGAUUCGUGUCCGUUCUUGACUCAGGAACGCAAGAAGCUUCUGAGUAUCGCCAUGUUACUUCUCGAUCCGCAGGAGGGGACCCGGUGGACAGUGCGCCAGCUAGAGCAAGGACACCCAUUUUUUCUCACCUGA